UCUCUCCAAACAUCUGAGGCUCAGUUUGAGCCAGCUGGGUAGCAACAGCCACUGCCACCUGUUAAUAACUAUUUAACGAAACUGACAACUGGUCCCCAUCAAGAUGAGCACAGAAGGGGGAGAGCUUGUCAUUGACACCUGUUGCACCACAGUUCAUACACUGGGCAAGCAAAAUGGAAAAGAAGGGAGGCGGCUCCGCUACAUGCAGAAAGACGGCAGUUUCCCAGUAGUAUUCCAGAAGGCACCUGGAGACUGGAGCCCAUAUUUCAUGGACAUCUUCACCACUCUUGUAGAGAUCCGGUGGAGGACAAUGUUCCUCUUCUUUUGCCUUUCAUACAUCCUCUCUUGGCUCUUUUUCGGUCUCUGUUAUUGGCUCAUGGUACAUGUAAAUAGAGAUAUUGACAGUUUUGACAAUAAGCCAUGUUUCAAGGAGGUGCAUGGAUUCACUGGAGCUUUUCUUUUCUCACUGGAGACACAGACAACUAUUGGUUUUGGCUUCAGGGUAGUUACUGAGAAAUGUAUUGUGUCUGUCAUAGUGGUGACAAUUCAAGAUUUAUUUAGCUGUGUUCUUGACACCAUUGUUAUUGGUGUUAUUGUGGCUAAGAUGGCGUCUGCGCGUAAGAGAGCUCAGACUGUGGGUUUCAGCCGUUGUGCUGUAGUCAACCUGCGAAAUGGGGUUUUGUGUCUGUCCUGGCGCCUUGGGGACUUUAGAGGUAAUCACAUUCUGGAGGGGGUUGCCAGGGCCCAGUUAGUCCGCUAUGUGAAGCAACCACUGGGUGCUAUGGUGAUAUCACACCAGGACUUGGAGUUGGAAGAGCGUGACAUUGUCCUUGCCACACCAACCACUAUCAUUCACAAGCUGGAACUGGGGAGUCCCCUUUACAGUUUGGGCCCUGAUGGUCUAUUGGAGGAGGACUUUGAGCUGGUGGUGUCUUUCACCUACACAGGCGACACCACAGGGAUGCUCCACCAGACACGUACUUCCUACAUGCCAGCAGACAUCCGCUGGGGCCAGCAAUUCCAGGAUAUGUUGAAAGUGGGCAAAAAGCACUACAAGGUGGAUUACGCUCUGUUCAAUGAGACCACUUGGGUGUCAGUGCCAAUGCUCAGUGCAGAGGAGAAUGACAGAAGAAAGCAUCUUGUAGAGGAAAGUUCACACUUACCAUCAGUAAAAAGAAACGGGCAUGUCUCUCAGGUAACUCUUGACUUCAUGGACGAGGUCAUGCUGCAAACCUGUUUGUAACAAAAACAGACUAUGAAUUGAACUCGGUAUGCAAAUACGUUUAUAUAAAACUGUAAAUACAAUGUUAAAAAUUUUAGGUUUGUUGAUGGAUUGUUUAGGGGUUAAAAAACAAUAAAGUUUGACAAUUUGCUCUUUUGACAUUUUUUCUAUUGCUUAUUAAAUGCAGUAAUACGCUGACAUUCUUGCUUGGGCAGUCGAUACAAGCACUUGAUUCUCUUUAUAGCUGAAUACUGCCAUCCUGUGUUCAUCUAUUGCAAACCUGGAUUUCCCAGCCUAAUCCACGGAGUUCAUGUCGUAUAAUGAGAUGGGAAAGACAUGU